AUGCGAAACGUCAUCAUUUCUGGUGACAAUUGUGACGCUGAUAACCUUACAUUCAAAGUUAUUGGGGAAUUCGGGAAAUGGCAGUUUUGGAUAAGUAUAUAUAUGGCUAUGUUAAAAUUGCCGCUCGCUUGGUAUCAAUUAAAUAUUAUAUUCAUGGCGCCUCCGCAACAAUUUUGGUGCGCAAAACCAGAACCAUUUGCUAAGUGGAAAGAUGAAGAUUGGCGACAAAUUUGUUCGCCAAAAAAUGAAGAGCAUCCAUGUUUGAUUUUUGAUCCGGAAAUUUUGGUAAUCGAGCCAAAUAUAGAUAGAUCGUUUAUACCAUUGAUUCCAUGUCCUCGUUUUGUUUACGAUAACACUGUCUUUAAUCGGACUAUCACAACAGAUUGGAAUUUAGUAUGUUCUAAGCAUUGGCUCAUACAUUUCACUCAAUGUGUAAUGAUGUGGGGCGUUUUAGUGGGUGGCCUUAUUUUUGGUGUAGUAGCUGACAAAUAUGGUCGUAAAUUGCCACUUAUGAUUGGAAUUACAAUGCAGUGCAUCAUAAGUUUUAUCUGUAGUAUAACGACAUCGUAUUGGAUCUUUAUAAUUAACUGGUUUAUUUUAGCUGUGGCUUCUGGUGGUAUAGGAAUUAUAUCGUUUGUUAUAAGUAUGGAGAUUGUCGGUGGUAAAUGGAGAACAAUAAUGCCUAUCGUAUACCAGUUGCCAUUCGGAUGCGGAAAUACAGUAAUGGCUAUCUUAGCUUACUGGCUCAGAGACUGGAGGAAACUUGAAUUUGCUUUAGCAUCCCUUUCCUCCAUUUUUUUGAUAUAUUGGUUUUUAAUACCUGAGUCGCCAAGAUGGCUUCUAGCUACUGGUCGAAAUAAAAAAGCUUUAGAGGUUCUAGAAAAAGCAGCUAAACAAAACAAUAGAGAAAAAUACUAUGAAGCUGUUUUGCAAAAUAUAACAAUUUGCAAAACACGAAAUCACAAUGAUCCAGGAUUUAUAGCAUUUUUGAAAUCUGAAGAUAUGAGAUUAAAAACUUUACUUUUGUCUUUAAAUUGGUUCUUCACCGGAUUAGCGUUUUAUACAUUUUCACAAUAUCUAGGAUUAAUUGGCGGGAACAUUUUUUUAGCAGUCGCAAUGAGUGGAUUUAUUUAUGUCGUCGGAGGAAUAACUUGUAUAUUCAUUAUCACUAAAGCUGGAAGAAAAACGACUAUCUGGAUAUAUCAAGUUCUUACAUGCUUUUGUUUUAUUUUUAUAAUAAUAAUUCCAAGGGAUUAUUACGCAAACAAUUGGCCGAGAUUGUUAUUUGCAGGAUUAGGAUUUGCAGGUUUAGCGGGUACUGUACCAGCGUUGUAUUUGUACACGGGGGAAUUAUAUCCGACUCUAGGGCGUAAUGCAGGUGUGGCCGGUGUUACAACUUUCGCUCGUAUUGCGUCUAUGGUCGCCCCCGCUGUUGUGAGCUUAGAUGACAUAAGAUCUGAUCUUCCACUUAUCCUACUGGCAAUGGUGUCGUUUGCCCAAUUGUUAUUACUUGCCCCUUUGCCAGAAACAAAAGAUAGACCGCUUCCUGACACUCUAGAGCAAGCUGAAUAA